AUGAUCGAACUCGGCCUCUCCCGCAUCACACGCCUCCUGCAGCACACGCCUCAGUCGUGGAAGGCCAUCCACGUCGCCGGCACCAACGGCAAGGGCUCGACAUGCGCAUACCUCUCCGCCAUGCUGCACGCCAGCGGCCGCUCCUGCGCCCGCUUCAACUCGCCACACUUUGUCGACCGCUGGGACUGCAUCACCAUCAACGAGCAGCCCGUCGACGAGCACCUGUUCCUCGACGCCGAGCGCCUGGUCAAGGAGAGGGACCGCAGGGACGCCAUCGGUGCCAGCGAGUUCGAGCUGCUGACCGCCACCGCAUUCGAGAUCAUGGAGCGCGAGAGGGUCGAGUUUGGUGUCAUCGAGGUCGGCAUGGGCGGCGAGCUGGACGCCACCAACGCGAUGGCCCACAAGGCCGUCACCGUCGUCACCAAGAUCGGCCUGGACCACCAGUUCCUCCUGGGCGACACCAUCCAGGAGAUCGCCCGCACCAAGGCCGGCAUCAUGCGCGAGAAAGUCCCUUGCAUCGUCGACCACAGCAAUGAACCGUCUGUCCUGCAGGUCAUCAAGGAACAUGCCAAGGCUGUGGGGACCGAGGCCGUCUUCCCGUCCGAGAUGACGAGCCUGAAAACGUCGCUCUCACAGGCAGGCUUCGAGCCUCACCAGAUUCAGAACAUUGCCAAUGCUCUGGAGGCUUUUAGGCGCGCAUGCCCCGACGAGGACGUGACACUCGAGCGGUGGCUUCCUACCAUCAAACAGACCGCGCUGCCGGGCAGGCUACAGACAGUCAAGAUACCGCCCGGCGGGAAAGAGGUUCUGUUGGACGGCGCACACAACGUCCAGUCCGCCGAGGUCUUGGCCGCAUAUGUCAACAAACAUCUGCGGCCACGCGGGCGACCGAUCACAUGGGUGCUCGCGGCGUCUCAGGGGAAGGAUGUGAAGGGGAUUCUGGAAGUCAUAAUCCAACCAGGUGACCUCGCCACAGCCACUCGCUUUGGGCCCGUGGAUGGCAUGCCUUGGGUCAGGCCACAAGAGCCCGAGGAGAUUCUUGACGCUGCCAGCCAGUGUGGCGCCAAAACCUUGGACAAUCACGACGGUACGGCGGAUAUCAGCACAACUCUCAGCUCGGCCCUGGAUCAAGGCAACCCGGUGGUCGUGGCUGGGAGCCUGUAUCUAGUCUCUGAUGUGUUGCGAUGGCUACGAGAUCAAGAAUGA